GGGGGGGGGGGAACCCCAAAUGUGACCUUUUCCCCCCCAAAAUUUGGGGGUCUCCCUGCCCCCCCCCCCAGGAGUUCCAGCUGUCGCUGUCGCCCCUCCCCCGGCGCCCCCUGAGCCUCCCCCCGGCGCUCUCGGUCCAGGAGGCCCUCGAGAGGGUCCUGAGGCUGCCGGCCGUGGCCAGCAAGAGGUACCUGACCAACAAGGUGGACCGCUCGGUGACGGGGCUGGUGGCCCAGCAGCAGUGCGUGGGCCCCCUGCACACGCCGCUGGCCGACGUGGCCGUGGUGGCCCUGUCCCAGUUCGGGGACACCGGCGCGGCCACGGCCAUCGGCGAGCAGCCGGUCAAGGGGCUGCUGGACCCCGCGGCCGGAGCGCGGCUGGCGCUGACCGAGGCCAUCACCAACCUGGUGUUCGCCAGGGUGACCCAUCUGAAGGACGUGAAGUGCUCGGGGAAUUGGAUGUGGGGGGCCAAGACGGGCGCGGAGGGCGGGGCGCUGGUGGCCGCCUGCGAGGCGCUGGUGGUGGCCCUGCACCGCCUGGGGGUGGCCAUCGACGGCGGCAAGGACUCGCUGAGCAUGGCGGCCCGAGUGGGGACGGACACCGUGAUGGCCCCUGGCGCCCUGGUGAUCUCGGCCUACGCCGUGUGCCCCGACGUCACCGCCACCGUCACCCCCGACCUCAAGUGUCCCAACGACCGCGGGGCCCUGCUGUGGGUGCAGCUGACGGGCCAGCACCGCCUGGGGGGCUCGGCCCUGGCCCAGGUGUUUGCCCAGGUGGGCGACGCCUGCCCCGACCUGGACGAGCCGCGGAGCCUCGAGAGCGCCUUCAACAUCACCCAGGAGCUGCUCAAAGAGCGUGUCCUGACCGCCGGCCACGACAUCAGCGACGGGGGCUUCCUGGGCUGCCUCCUGGAGAUGGCCUUCGCCGGCAACUGCGGUGUCACCGUCGAUGUCCCCGCGCCGCCGCCCGGCGUCACCCCGCUGUCCCUGCUGUUCGCCGAGGAGCCGGGGCUGCUGCUCGAGGUGCCGGCCGUGGCCACUGUCCCCGUGUGCCGCCGCUACCAGGACGCCGGCGUCACCUGUGUCCCCAUCGGCCACAGCGGCCCCUACGGGCCCCGCGCCACGGUGACGGUGGCGGUGGGUGGCACCGAGGUGCUGGCGGCGCCCGUGGGGGACCUCCGGGACGUUUGGGAGCAGACGAGUUUCCGGCUGGAGCGGCUGCAGGCGGCCCCGGCCUGCGUGGAGCAGGAGGAGCAGGACCUGGGCUCGCGCUGGGGACCGGCCUACAAAGUGACCUUUGACCCCGACUACGUGGCACCCAUGGUCCAGCACAUGGAGCUGCCGGGGCCGCGCGUGGCCGUGCUGAGGGAGGAGGGCAGCAACGGGGACCGGGAGAUGGCGGCCGCCUUCGCCAUGGCGGGGUUCCAGGUGUGGGACGUGACCACCCAGGACCUUUGUGCCGGCUCCGCCUCCCUGGACGGGUUCCGGGGCCUCGUCUUCGUGGGGGGCUUCAGCUACGCCGACGUCCUGGGAUCCGCCAAAGGCUGGGCGGCCUCGAUUCUCUUCAACCCCAAGGUCCGGGAGGUCCUGGAGCGGUUCCGGACGCGGCCGGACACCUUCAGCCUCGGGGUGUGCAACGGCUGCCAGCUGAUGGCGCUGCUGGGCUGGGUGGGGCCACCGCCAGGUGAGGGCCGGGCGCGCCCGGGGCGGGUGGCGCUGGAGCGGAACCUCUCCGGGCGCUUCGAGUCGCGCUUCGUCACCGUGCGCGUGGAGCCGAGCCCGGCGCUGCUGCUGCGCGGGAUGGAGGGGGCGCUGCUGGGCGUGUGGGUGGCGCACGGGGAAGGCCGUUUCCAGUUCCGCCCUCCGGCCGCCCUGGAGCGCUGUGUCCGGUCGGGCCUGGCCGCGCUGCGCUACGCCGACGACCGCGGGGCGCCCACCGAGCGCUACCCGCUGAACCCCAACGGCUCCGGCCGCGGCGUGGCCGCGCUGGCGUCGCCCUGCGGCCGCCACCUGGCCGCCAUGCCCCACCCCGAGCGCGCCGUGCGCGCCUGGCAGUGCCCCUGGGCCGGCCGGCCGGCGGCCGCCGAGGGCCGGAGCAAGGCCGGAGCCGGGCCCUGGCUGCGCAUGUUCCGCAACGCCCUCGAGUGGUGCGUGAGGUGGCCCGACGGGGAGCAGUGACCGCUGGGUGACCGCUGGGUGACCGCUGAGUGACCGCUGGGUGACUGCUGGGUGACUGCUGGGUGACCGCUGAGUGACCGCUGGGUGACCGGCUGAUCACCUGGCUGACCAACCCCCAGGACACUGAGUACCCAACUGACCAAUCACUGACCACCCACUGACCCCACCAACGCCCUCGAGUGGUGCCUGUGAUGGCCCAACGGGGAGCAGUGACCGCUGAGUGACCACUGAGUGACCGCUGGGUGACCGCUGGGUGACCGCUGAGUGACCGCUGGGUGACCGGCUGAUCACCUGGCUGACCAACCCCCAGGACACUGAGUACCCAACUGACCAAUCACUGACCACCCCACUGACCACCCCACUGACCACCCCACUGACCAAUCACUGACCACCCCACUGACCACCCACUGACCAAUCACUGACCACCCCACUGACCAAUCACUGACCACCCCACUGACCACCCACUGACCACCCCACUGACCACCCACUGACCAAUCACUGACCAAUCACUGACCACCCCACUGACCACCCACUGACCAAUCACUGACCCCACCAACGCCCUCGAGUGGUGCCUGCGGUGGCCCAACGGGGAGCAGUGACCGCUGAGUGACCGCUGAGUGACUGCUGAGUGACCAGUGGACCAACCCCCAGGACACUGACCCCUCACUGAUCCCUCAGUGACCACUCACUGGCCACUCAGUGACCCCUCAGUGACCCCUCACUGACCCCUCAGUGACCACUCACUGACCCCUCACUGACCCCUCACUGAUCCCUCACUGACCCCUCACUGGCCACUCAGUGACCCCCACUGACCCCUCAGUGACCCCUCAGUGACCCCUCAGUGACCCCUCACUGACCCCUCAGUGACCCCUCAGUGACCACUCACUGACCCCUCACUGACCCCUCAGUGACCCCUCAGUGACCCCUCAGUGACCACUCACUGACCCCUCAGUGACCCCUCAGUGACCCCUCACUGACCCCUCACUGACCCCUCACUGACCCCUCAGUGACCCCUCAGUGACCACUCACUGACCCCUCAGUGACCCCUCAGUGACCCCUCACUGACCCCUCAGUGACCCCUCAGUGACCCCUCACUGGCCACUCAGUGACCCCUCAGUGACCCCGGGGGGGCGGGGCUGUAAUUAAUAAAGUGCUGUUAAUGAA